GGGGCGUGCGCAGUUUACGUAGCCAUCCUCUUCCUCCUCCUCCUCUCCUCUCUCUCAAACACACAUAGAGCUCUUAAACUGCCUCCAACCCACUGACCUGCCUUCUGUACACAGCCAAGGACACGACUGCACCUUACCUACACAAACUGCCAUCAUGGCUUCAGUUGCAGAGAAACUCAUCACUCCUCUGGCCAGUGGCACCGAGCUGCCCACCAACAAGGUGACCGUGGUGGGAGUGGGUCAGGUGGGCAUGGCCUGUGCCGUCAGCAUCUUGCUCAGGGAUCUGUGUGAUGAGCUCGCUCUGGUUGAUGUGGUUGAAGAUAAGCUGAAGGGAGAGAUGAUGGAUCUGCAGCAUGGCAGCCUUUUCCUCAAGACGCACAAGAUCGUGGCUGACAAGGACUACUCAGUGACCGCGAACUCCCGCAUCGUGGUGGUGACGGCGGGCGUACGCCAGCAGGAGGGUGAGAGCAGACUCAACCUUGUGCAGAGGAACGUCAACAUCUUCAAGCACAUCAUCCCUCAGAUCGUCAAGUACAGCCCUAACUGCACCCUGAUUGUGGUGUCUAACCCAGUGGAUGUCUUGACCUACGUGACCUGGAAGUUGAGUGGCCUGCCCAAGCACCGUGUGAUUGGCAGUGGCACCAACCUGGACUCCGCCCGCUUCCGUUACAUCAUGGCUGAGAAGCUGGGCAUCCACGCCACCAGCUUUAACGGCUACAUCCUGGGAGAGCACGGAGACUCCAGUGUGCCUGUGUGGAGUGGAGCUAAUGUUGCUGGAGUUAGCCUGCAGAAACUCAACCCUGCCAUCGGCACUGAUCAGGACAGCGAGAACUGGAAGGAGGCUCACAAGAUGGUGGUGGACAGUGCUUAUGAGGUGAUCAAGCUGAAGGGCUACACUAACUGGGCUAUUGGUCUGAGUGUAGCAGAUCUGACUGAGAGUCUGGUGAGGAACAUGAGCAGAGUUCACCCCGUCUCCACCAUGGUGAAGGGCAUGUACGGCAUCACUGAUGAAGUGUACCUGAGUCUGCCGUGUGUGUUGAACAGCAGCGGGGUUGCCAGCGUGGUCAAUAUGACUCUGAACGAUCAGGAGGUCGCCCAGCUAAAGAAGAGCGCUGACACUCUGUGGGGAAUUCAGAAGGACCUGAAAGACCUUUAAACCGUUCUGUAGAGGCAAUCCACGUACACACACACACACACACACACACACACACACUUCCAGCCUGAUACACACACUCCCUCCAACACUCACACACACUCUCACACACUCCCAACCCUUCAUCUUGCUCACUCGUCCCAAUGAACCUUUUUAGAUGUUGGUAAAAAUAAUAUAAAUAUAUAUUUUUCUUGUCCUGGUGGUUCAUGUGAGUAAUUUGUUCCAAAAUAAAGGUCUCUGUGUUGCUGGAACCUAAUCAAAAUCCAGUGUGGAUGGAUUUAAGCACUUAAACUUUCACUCCUUCCUUUUGUGUGGAAUUAUUAUUAUUAUUAUUAAUAUAGAGGAAAAAUGGAUGGAAACACCGCCUCCUGCUCUAGUGUGAGUUACGCUGUAGAUCAAAUCUCUGCACAGGGGUAGAUUAGGGUUCUUUCUUGGUCAGAUAGGAUGUUUUGUCAGCAUAAAUUAAAAGAAAAUGAAUGAGUUGUGCUGUAAAGUGUGGAUGAAAUGAUGACAAAAGGAGAAAGUUAAUAAAACGUUUAAAAUCA